AUGAGCUCCCCGGGUAGCCCCAGCCCUGGGCUGCCCACCCAGGAGCCCCUCAGCCCGGAGCAGCAGCAGCAGCCCUGGGAGUCCCUGGACUCCCCUGAACCGAUGCAGCCCAGCCCUGCGCCCAGCGUCUCGGUGAUGCCCUCCCUGGUGGACGUGGGGCUUCAGGAGUGGCCGAACGGCUGGAGGUACGAGGGGCAGUUCGAGGGAAGCCUGAAGCACGGACACGGGAUCUUCCAGUGGGCCAGCGGCGAGUAUUAUGUUGGGAGCUUCUACAAGGAUCACCGUCAUGGACAUGGGAUCUACGUCUGGCCAGACGGGAAUAAAUUCACAGGAAUGUUUUACCUGGAUCGAAAAGAUGGAUAUGGGACCUUAGAAAUGAAGGAUGGUGCUAUAUUCCAGGGGCUUUAUAAAGCUGAUGAGCGAUUUGGGCCUGGGGUAUUGACCUAUCCCAAUGGCCGGCAGGAUGUGGGCCUGUGGUACCGGAAUCACCUCAUCCGGCUUUGUACUGAAGUUCCAGGAAACACCACCAUGAAGGAUCACCCGCUUUACUAUCCCAGCAAGGAAGAGCUUACCAUCCCAGUGAGAACGUACAAGGAGAAGUAUUUCUGGAGAGUCAAUCCCGAGGAAGACCCCUUCUUUUACCCUUUCAAAAAACUCCUGUUUGACGACAACUACACCCUGCCUGCGGACAUUGCGAUUUAUUCCACCGACGCUGACCACUUGCCCCUCACUCGCUCCUACACAAAGGAAGGUGACAGAUAUUUCUUCCAAAAAGAAGAGUUGGGAGAUGAAGAUGAGACGGUGAAGCUCCCCAUCGUAAACCAAACCCCUUUGCUGGUUCAAAUGCAAAUACACAUCUAUAGACAUAGGCACGCUGAGGCAAUGCUCUCCUGGGAUGUCGCUGCUGUCAUUGCAGGAAAUCGUAAGGGCUUUGGUCCAAAGGGGCCUCUGGAAUGCAGUUCCGAGCAACUUAUCACUGCAGCCGGAGAGGGAAACCAAGAGACCGUGCUUAAAAUCCUCAAAACGAACUUAGUGAAUGCAGAUGUGGCAGAUGUCAAUGGACACUUCUCACUGAUUGGUGCUGCAGCUGUCUGCAAUGACUCGAUCAUCAACCUGCUGCUUGAUAAUGGAGCCAAUGUGAAUAAGCUGAACAACGAGGGUGUAUCUGCGCUCAACUACAGCUGCAUACAUUACUAUCCUUCAGGCUGCUUUCUUCACAAUGAGAUCUACAAAGUCACAAACAAAAAAGAGUGUUUGAAGCUCAGACUUCAGCUCAUCGACUCUGAGCUAGAGUCCCUCAACCAACCAGACGUUGCUUUAGACAUGGUCACAAUGAACGACAAUGGGAUCCACCAGCUCCCACACCUGAAGCCUGCCCCACCUCCCAGUGCGACCGAAAGGAAGGUAGAGGAUAUGGAGAUGGAUGACGAACUGACAACGCAGGUGAAGAUGGCCAAAAGGCUCUCAAUUUACGACCGCAAGAUAAGAGUUGGCAGCAUAAGCUUUAAGAAGACUUCAUUAGUAGCUUCACAACAGGAAGAGCUGACGUGGAGAGAGGAAGAGGAUGCGCAGGUACACGAGCUUCCGUAUUUUGAAGGAUCUGUAGACGGUGAGACUAUCACAUCAGAAAUCGACGAGGAGAGUCUUGUGUCACCGUCAGUAGGGCCUCCCUCAAUUGGUUACUUUGAAUCCUCACGGAGCGUUCACCAUUUUCAGUUCAACAUAAGUGGCCAACAGCUGCAGCGGGCUGCCCACGUCUUAAGUAGGAACCAGCGUUUCAAGAGCUCGGCUGGGAAAUCUAUGCUGACAUCUGAUUUCAAACACGACGAGAAAGUCUGGCGGAUAGCCGCGAUGAAAUCUGAGCACCAGAAGAGAAGGGAAAUCAUCAUCCUGCUUCUCCGAAGAGGAGCAGAUCCCAAUAUUUCCACUAAUCCGAUACCAGCACUCUUUCUCGCUAUGUUGGCUGGGGACCUCAGCUCAGUCAAAUUGCUACUGGAAAGCAAGGCAGAUCCGAACACCCGUAUUCAGUCACAGGAAAUUGAUGGACUGACCCCACUCCACGUCUCUGUGGCGAUCCCUGGCAAGCAAGGAGUGUUGAUUACUGAGCUGCUGCUUAAUGCUGCAGCCAACCCUAACGAAGGAGCGUACGAUGACAAAGUGAUCUACGAGCCUGACAUGGACAUCCAGAUAGAGGAGCCCACAGGUAUGAUCCUGAAGAGCCCCAAUUUGAUGGGAGUGCCAUCACAUUACUUUACGCCCACCGACAUAGUGCCCAUCGAAGAUGGACGAACCCCGCUGCAUAUUGCUUGCCAACGUGAAGAUAACCACAAGGACGCCCACCAGAUUGUCAGACUGCUCCUGCUGCACAAGGCUAAUCCCAAUUUACUGUGGAGUGGUCACUCACCCCUUUCGUUGGCAAUCGCUAGUGGAAAUGACCUGGCAGUGAACGAGCUGCUGGCUAACGGAGCUGAGCCGAACCUGCCGCUGACCCACGGACUGGGGAGUGCGAUGUGCACUGCUGUCAACACCAGGUACGAGCACAAGAGGAGCCUGACGGGCAGACUCGCAUUGGUCCACAAGUUGCUCGAAGCCAAAGCAAGUAUUUUGAUGCCCAUCACUCUUAACUCCCAGGUCAACCAAGCUGUAGGAACAGCUGUGGAUUAUGCAUACUACAAAUAUUUUCAGGAUUCAAGAAUAUCGCAAACACCUUACCACGCCCUGACACACAAUGAGCGAGAAAUCUAUAAUGCCCGCCGUGAAUUACUCAACUUUCUGAGCAACCUGUUUCGAAAGGCUACCAUCACCAUGGAACGGAAGAGAUUUGAGGAGAUCAUACAGCAGAACAUGCAAGAGUACGGGAAGGCAGCAGGGGAAUGGGGCUUUCAGACAAAGCAGCAGAGGUGCAAUGUACCCACCCAGUGGCUCCCACUUCCUGAUUCUAUGACGGGACCUAGUGGCUCUGAGGAACUCCUGGUUUACGUAGUUAUGUAUAACUGUGGCACUUUGUACACAGCUACGCCAACCACUCAAAAUCGGGAAAUCGACUCAGCUUUGCCACCCCUGACUGAAUCAGAGGCCCUGUCUUUCGCCAACGUCAGUCUGACAGCAAAGGCCAUCUUUGAGCGAAACGCUGAGGGGAACCUGCCAAUAUUGGCAGCCUCCGAAAAAAAAAGCAAAGUCCAAGAUACAGCUCCCAGGAGGCAGCUAUUCAAGUUCAAGUUCUGUUACGCCUGUGGGCGUUCGGUGGGCGUUCGGCUGAUCACGUGCAGUCGGUGCAAGGAGGUGUACUACUGCAGCAAGGCCUGCAAGGUGACAGCGUGGAACGAAUUUCACAAGGAUGAAUGCCACUUAACGAAAGGUCGCCCCUCAAGCAAAAAAGAUGGUUUUUAUGGGGAUGGUGGAUUGCGAAGUGGUUCAUCAUCACCAUCUGUAGAACUGGACAACUACAGCUAUAUUUAA